GCGCCACUGUGGCAGAAUGGAUACUGCUUUCUAUUUUGCAAGAUGAAAAUUUGUGUAAUCAUUACGUUACCAACAAACUUCAAGCGACAGCUUACGAUCAAACGAAAUGACUUUUUGAGAAUGCUUUUGGAGAAUUUCCCGUUUUCGGCUUGAUUAUUUAUAACUGAACAAAAUUUGCAAGUAUUGUCAGCAACAACCAGAGCAUUAAUAUUGCAUCAUCCGAUCUAUUCAAUGGUCAUAAGUCCUCAUUAGAACAGUAAUGAGUGUGUUGUCAAUGAUUUUCUACCGGAGAUUAUUUGGAUUUAAAUAUUGGAAGAUAUUUGACAUCUCUUUAGGCGUGCCAAAAGUUUGUGUUGAACAGGAUUAAUUGAUUCACAACUUGAGGAUUCUAACUUGCAAAAAGACUAAUUCAAACUUUGCACCAACUGAGAGCACCCAUAAUGACGUCAACGACGUCUUCGAUAUUAACAGCAGAUAGCGCAAUGUCCACAAAUGAAAUUAUGUCAACUCCUGCAAUAGACUAUGCCAGUAUCCGAGGAAAGGAUGUGCUGGUGAGUCCAUCCGAGGAUCAAUAUGAAUUAUUACUCAGACGACUACGUGAGAGAAUUCAGGAUGGUGGAAGUGAGACCAUAUUUGAUAUUGGUGUUGGAGAAGAUGGCUCAGAGGAUGGGCUAAAAGAGGAUGAAUACGAUGCGUCUGUAGCUACUCUUCAGUCUUUGGCAGCCACUUUGGAAGCCGACUGUGUUCUACUAAGACAGAGGAAGGUGGAUUCAGGACUCACAGGACAAUACUUGGUCAGACAGCGCCUAGAUCAACAAGAUUUUCUUGAAAUAAGAGUUGCUGUUGUUGGAAACGUAGAUGCUGGAAAGUCCACCCUUUUGGGGGUGUUAACUCAUGGUGAAUUAGAUAAUGGACGAGGCUUGGCCAGGCAGAAACUAUUCCGCCAUAAACAUGAAGCUGAGACAGGAAGAACAAGUUCGGUCGGCAAUGAUAUUCUCGGAUUUGAUAGCAUUGGUAAUGUUGUGAACAAACCUGAACAUGGCUCCCUGGACUGGGUUAAAAUUUGUGAGAAGUCGUCUAAAGUAAUUACAUUUAUUGACCUUGCUGGACAUGAACGUUAUCUAAAAACUACAGUAUUUGGGAUGACUGGACAUGCACCUGAUUUCGGUAUGCUGAUGGUUGGAGCCAAUGCAGGUAUCGUUGGAAUGACCAAGGAACAUUUGGGUCUGGCCUUAGCUCUAUCUGUCCCAGUAUUCGUAGUGGUGACAAAAAUUGAUAUGUGCCCUCCAAAUGUACUACAGGAUAAUUUACGACUACUGGUUCGAAUCUUAAAAUCCCCAGGUUGUAGAAAAGUGCCAGUUAUGGUCAAAAGUCAGGAUGAUGUCGUGAUCAGUGCUACUAAUUUCGUGUCUGAAAGACUAUGCCCUAUUUUCCAAGUAUCGAAUGUCAAUGGUGAAAAUCUACAUCUUCUCAAGAUGUUUUUGAAUCUAUUAACUGCUCGUAUAACCAGUCAUGACGAUGAGCCAGCAGAAUUUCAAAUAGAUGACACAUAUUCGGUUCCCGGUGUGGGGACAGUAGUUUCAGGGACGACACUCAAAGGUGUGAUUAAACUAAAUGAUACUCUGUUGCUAGGACCAGAUCCAUUGGGUCAUUUUUUACCAAUAGCUGUGAAAAGUAUUCACAGGAAAAGAAUGCCUGUCCGCGAAGUACGAGGGGGGCAAACAGCGAGUUUUGCUCUAAAAAAAAUUAAAAGGUCCCAAAUUCGCAAGGGGAUGGUCAUGGUUUCACCUACACUAAAUCCACAGGCUUGUUGGGAAUUUGAGGGUGAAAUUUUGGUAUUACAUCAUCCUACAACCAUCAGCUCAAGAUAUCAAGCUAUGGUGCAUUGCGGAAGCAUAAGACAAACAGCCUCAAUCUUGACAAUGUCGCAAGACUGUCUCCGAACAGGAGAUAAGGCUUUGGUACACUUUAGAUUCAUCAAGCAUCCAGAAUAUAUAAAGCCAGGGCAACGAAUGGUUUUCAGAGAGGGACGUACUAAGGCUGUAGGCAAUGUUCUGAGACUGGUUCCCCACUCUGGGCCAGCUGGUUCGCAGACUAUGAGAGGCAAUAAACCUAAUAAAGUGCAACAAAGUCGUCAGAACGGAUCCUCAGCUAUGCCUCUUACUCAAAUGCUGGACGUAGCAGACCCUAACUCUCCUUUUGAAGUAACAUCUGAUAAGCGUGAAAAUAUGCCACAAAGAUCGGGAAUAAGUUCCAGCGGAAAAAAGGGACGCGGAAGAAGAGGGGGAAGAGGGCGACCUCAUAACGGGUCAAGUGGCAUCGUACAACCUUUAUCUGAGCAAAACCCUCCAGCCAAAGUUUAAAGCAAAAUUUAUGUACAAACUAUACAUAUUUCACUAGCAAUAUUACCCUGCGAUGUACUAGACGGAUAAUCGCACAUUUCUUUCUUCUUUUAACACCAGUGCUGCAUGGGUAUCAUAACACUUAAGCUUAUAUUUCUACGUUUUGCAAUUAUAAAUAUCGAAAGUUUUUAGAUUAUCAAUCAUUUUUCAGUUCGUACAAGGGUCGUGCACAAAUUAGCAAUUUACCGUAAUUCCUGGGCAUGAUUAAUAAAAUACCACUUGAGUUCAAAUGGUCGAAAGUUCGAGUAACUGAUGUAACGAAAUCUUGACUUUUGUGCAGAAAAUUUAACGACCUACAGAGAAAGGUUAUAAUUUACACUAGCAGCACUGGUUGAAAAUUUUAUUUCUAGGAGGGAUGUUGUUGAAAUUUAAAAUUUUAUACUAGAUAUCCAUAUAUUAUGUUGGAUUUUAAAAUUGAUUGUGACCAUCAAAAAACAAAAGAAAAAAAGAGUUUGUAUGAAUUAUCUGAAGAAAUUUACGUAUCAUAAUUCGAAUUGACUGUUUUCUCCAGCAAUCAAUGACAAGGUGAUCCUGAACUUCCCUGAUUUAUUUUUAUUGUACGAAUUUUACAAUAACAAUAUUGAGCUUAUUAAUUACUGACCAUGCUUUAUAGCCAUGCCUUCGCGUGUUAAAUGUCUGAAAGCUAUUUUAUUUUCUGAAGCUGGAAGCAGAGAAUAAAACAAAUUUAUAGCAAUGCGCUUCAGUUUAUUUCACUGUCCGAAAUGGUUUUCAAUUUUCAUUCCAGUAUUUGUAAGCAAUAAUUUUUAAUCUAUUAUCCAAUAGCCCUGAUAUAACUUGUACAAUUUUACAAAUUGUGAGAUAGAUUACACACGUUAUUAUAUAUAGUCCUGAGAUUUUUUUUCACAAUAAUAGAAGUUUGGUCAUUGAUGGAAAACGCGACCUAGGCAUAAUCUAAAAGUAAAUAGUAAUUUCCUACAAGUAAAAGAUAUAAUUAGUACUGCAUACGUUAUCCACAUUCAUUUCAUAAUAUAUUUUU